AAGAAAAUUUUAAUAACACUGUAUAAAUGUAAUAGAAAUUCUUAAAUUGUUAAAAUUAAAAAUAAAAGAAAUAAACACACUUCAUAGCGCAGAAGAUAUAUGAAAUUUGUUUAAUAAAUAGUAUUAAAUAGUAUAUAGCAAAAUGCCAGGCAAGGUUGGUGUUAAAAUUAAAGCUGGUAGAAAUUUACCAAUAAUGGACAGAAGCAGUGAUACGACAGAUGCAUAUGUCGAGAUUAAAUUAGGAACAAUAACACAAAAAACGGAUGUUUGUCGCAAAUCUUUAAAUCCACAUUGGAAUACAGACUGGUUUCGAUUUGAAGUGGAUGACGCAGAACUACAAGAUGAACCUUUACAAAUUCGUUUAAUGGAUCAUGACACUUAUUCGGCUAACGACGCAAUCGGCAAAGUGAAUAUUAGUUUGAAUCCACUUUGUCUAGAAACUUCAGGGCAAACAACGCAAGGUAAGGGAACAGUAUUUUCUGGCUGGAUACCAGUUUUUGAUACGAUGCAUGGCAUACGUGGUGAAGUGAACAUUAUUGUCAAAGUGGAUUUGUUUUCUGAUCUAAAUAAGUUUCGUCAAAGCUCUUGUGGAAUACCUUUUUAUCACUCUCAAUGCAUUCCACAUGGCUACCGGGCACAAAUUAUACAUGGUUUUGUUGAAGAGUUAGUAGUAAACGAUGAUCCGGAAUAUCAGUGGAUAGAUAAAAUACGUACACCACGAGCUUCUAAUGAAGCACGACAGGUUGUUUUUCUCAAAUUGUCAGGACAAGUGCAAAGAAAAAUGGGUCUUAAGGCCAUAAAUAUGGGUGCAAAUGCAGUUAUUGGCUAUACGCAAUGCUUCGAUUUGGAGGGUGAUGUUGGUGUGGUUGCACGUGGCAUUGGCACUGCUGUCACUUUGAUAAAAGAUACAAAUAUACAACCAAACACAGCGGACAAUGCGCUUAUUGAAGAGAGUACUCUAAAAUAUUUAGAAUUUCUCACCGGAGGUAAUAUAAAUUUGUGCGGUUCAGUAGAUUGGGAUAUAAAAAUAGAUAAAUCUAGUUCUAUUACUUUCCUCAAUUUACCACAUUCUAUUUCGGAUACCGAUCUCACAACUAUGCAAGAACUUAUAAGACAGGAAGAUGAACGAGGUGAAAAACCCGCCAAAAAACUUAAACAUCAUAUGAAACGUUUAACGCGUUCAUCGCGUAACAUUUUGAAUGAAAAGUGCAACAGCUUGAUGCGUAAAAUUGGCGACGGUAACGAGUCAAAAUCAGCGCAAAGUAGUAGUUCUCUUUCACUGAGUAGUUUAUUUACGGGCGGCUUCAUGAAAGAUGACUUAGGUGCUUCAGCACGCAGCUCUUUACUGACUGUACGAAAGUCAAGUUUUAAAGCUAAAAGUAAAGCAACAACCCUUAAGCCCGUACAGCGACAAUCACUAAAAUCCACACAUCCAAUUGUACGUUCUGUGAGUGAUGAUUCGGCGAUGCAGCACGGCCUCACUUGUAACAAACACACUACAGCACCAAAAGUAGCAGUUAUAACUGAAUUUACAGAUAAUACGCGUUCAUCACCAAAUAUUUGUGGUGAAGAACAACUCAUAUUGCGUCAAGCAAUUCUCGCUAAAGCCGAAGAGAGCAAACACCAACCGUUUGGUGAAUUCACUGCUCAUGCACCACAUCUUAAAACAAUAGGAAAUGAAACUAAAUGUGGGCUAAUGAGUUCCUCAACAACUCUUUCGGAAAGUGACACAGAAAGCUCAAGUUCAGAUGAGUAUUCAGUUUUAGCAGAGGAGUCAACACAAGAAUUACAACUAAAUUCACCAGCUGAGGAUCGUGAUGAGAAAUUUAGUUUUAGAAAUCUAAAUUUGAAAUAUAAAGAGAAAUCAAAACCCUUAGUGGAGGAUCUACAUUUGCAACAAAGAAAUGAUUCAAUAAAUCGUGAUCAAUUUUCAAACACAAAGUCGUCCACAAAAUCAUCAAAGUCGAGUGGCAGUGAGAAAGAUAAAACGCAUGCAAUAAAACAGCUUCAGUUGUUUAAAGAAUUCAAAGCGUUUUCACAUAAUUUGCAGGAGCUCCUACACAAGACAUCAAAACUUAAACGCAGAAAUAAGCAUCAAAGCAUAAACUCGGCUUUAGCUAGUGCAAAGCUUGAACCUUCUUCCAUAACAUCAAAACCUUGUGUGCUAAAGUCUCCAGAAAUAGAUGCCCACAAAUCAUAUUAUUCUUCCCAGCCAGAAAUCUCAACGGACUUUGACAAUACAAUUGACUUGGCAAAAAUGAAAAAAUUACAAACUUGUUCAUUAAACAAUUUAUCAUAUUUAACAACAAUGCCGCAAAAUCUGCAAAAUGUGCAAAAUGCUAACAAAGAUAGCAAAUGCAAAGCUAAUCAAACGCUGCUUUCUAAUGUCAAUGAUAUUGUCUCACCUACAAAAUCCACAUAUCCCAUUUUACAAAUAUGUCCCUCAACGCCAACUCCCUCUGAAUCUGAUAAUUCACAAUUAUCACCAACUGACUUAAAAUGUAAUGACGUACAAAAGAGUUUCUCCCUACAUGCCCUAAGUAGUGCGUCGUUUGAUUUAUUAGAUUUUGGUAAAAAGUUGUCCCCACGAAAAGUACCACAAAACGCCUGUAAAUUAUCAAAACAUAUUAGUAAUUUAACUCCUAAUGAUCAUUAUCUUAAUACAAAUACUACUAACCAUAGUAAUAAAUAUUCACCAUUGCUUGCUUCAUCUACUUUGCCACUUUGCAUCAAACAUCCUCAUCAUAGGUCACUGAGCGAGAUUAGUAGCACAACUGGCAUUACUGCAUCAACUACAGAUAGUCCGAAUUUAAAGCGUACCGCACCACCAACUCUUGAUAGUCGCACAAAACUAUCAACAAGCCCAACAAAGUCUGGUGUUAACGUUGCAUCACAGUCAGAUAGCAUUUCUUCCACAACGACUUCCACAGCCACCACAAUGAUACCAAGAGAUGUUGGUGAAAUUUGCCGUCGAUCGUCCGAUUCCGAUUUGAGCAUUACACCUAAAGGGAAUUCAAUUUGUGUAGCAAGUGAACGUUUGGUAGCUGCUACCGCAAUGAUGCGUUUGAGUCAACCGAUAACAAGCAAGAGUAGCAAUGCUGAUACCGUAGAUAUGCUGGAAUAUCCCUUCCUGACCAUGACAAAAUAUCCAACUGGAUUUAUUUUACACAUAGGUGCUACAGUGGCAGCGCGUUCCGUUAAACUUUUAGAACGUGUGCCCAAUCUUGAUGAACCAGAAAUCAGAGAUUCAUGGUGGACAGAACUUCGCAUGGAAGUGCGUUCACAUGCUCGCGCACUCUGCUGUAAUGUUGUUUUAGGAUAUUCAGAAUCAACGACAAUAUCAGAUGAUGUUUGUGUAUUAUCCGCAACUGGUACUGCGGCUGUUAUAAACAUGGCAUAUAAUCGUUCUGUGUCCCAAACAGAUAUUUUUGCCGUAACGAAAACUACGAUGUCAGCAUCACUUGAAGAACGGGACACACAAAGAUCAGAUUCAAAAGAUUCCGGAACCAAUGAAAUAAGCAAUAAGGAUUCAGUUUCGUCUUCCUUAGGUACUACCCAGAGUAGUAACAAUAACUCCGCUGGUAAAAAAUAUGGUUUGCCUGGAUUAAAUAUAUCGAAGAACUCAUGUACAAUGUGUCAUGUACCAUACAAUUUGGGUUCUGUGCCAUUCAAUGUCAAAAUGAAAAAAUGUGCCAUUUGUCGCAAAGGACGUGUACCAGAUGUGUUACUAUCAACACUUGAAGUGCCAGAAUAUUUACAAGUUACAGGUCGUGGUUGUUUCAUACAAGCACAGGUAGUGCGUGCUAAAAAGGAUUUACGUUCUGAAUUGAAUGCCAAAGAAAUUUCAGAUGGUUUACCAUUUUUGGAAUAUGAAUUGCAUCGUGUGCUCAUUAAUAAACUAAAAGCGAAAGGAAUGAACGCUAUAUUUGGUUUAAAAGCACAAGUAUCAAUUGGUGAACGUAUGAUAGCAUUAAUUGCUACCGGAACUGCUUUGUUUCUUAGUGCACUUCCAAUACCACAAGUACCUAAAAUAGUUGCAGGAAACUCUUGGACCGAUAAACAGAAAUUGAAUGAACUUCAAAAGAAACUACAGGAGACUUUUGAACGCAAUCAGGAAAUAUAUCAGUUAAAAUCAAUGGAUCCUGAUUUAACUGCCGGUACACUGAACAAUUUACCUGAUAAGCAAUCAGAUACGGAUGAAUCAGAUGAUGAAGUUAUUGAAAUUGAUUUGAAUUGUGGAAAUAAAGAUACUUGUGUAUUAGAAGUUGAUGAUAUAGAAGACUUAGAAAUUAUUUCGCUUCUUAUGGAGCCAUAUCCGCCAGAAGGAUUUCAUGUGGUUAAUACACAGAGUGUGCCAGGAAUGGUUGAUAUGGAGGCAGUUAAAAAUUUACAAAUGUUUACACAAGUAUGGCGUGCCAAAUUAGAUGUUGGACAAUAUAUCAAUGGUUUUCCAAAACAAUUUCAACGGUUGUUGCAGACAAUAUACUUUAAAUUGCGUACCAUGAUACCGUGUGCUAUUUGCGAUCUACGAUUUAGACUGGAUCUUCCAGAAAGUGAUCAAAUACAAUUACUAGUAACAGGCAUGGCAUUGGGUUUAGCAGAUGUGAACAAAUUCAAAUAUCGUCGCAAAACUUUAAAUACAAAUGGUUUCAUAGAAUCAAAUAGUAAUCAACAGCCAGAAACCAACGGCGCAAUUACAGGCAGUAAUAAACGUGCACUGCAAGAAGAAGAUUAUAUUUUUCCUUUGGAUGAAGAUCAAAUGGUAGAGACUCCUACACCUACAACCAAUCUUCCACCAUAUGGGUCACAUUCUCUAAAGCUACGAAAAACUUCGCCAUCACGUGCUAUUUCCAAAGCGAAUGCUGCUAUGCGGAAUCGUUUUUUCCCUUUGAGAGAUCGCUAUGGCGUUGAUAUAACACCCCUUAGCUUUAUACCAGGCGCAAAGAUAGAAAAAUAUUUAGGAAAUUUAAAUUUCUUCUUUAUACGUGAAAGCACUUCAAUUCGUGAAAAUGGUGGCAUCAGUGGUUUUGUCCAUGGUUUUAUAACUGAGUUAUUGGCUGUUGUACGUGCUCAUAUUGCAGGUUUAGGUGGUAAUGCCAUGGUGUCCUUCUACAUGACAGAAUUAAUUUUAGUAGAUAAUCAACAUAAGAAUCAGGGUCAGUGUUUAAUAAGUAUUGGUGGUGAUGCAGUUUAUGUUUCCUACUACAGCGAUGACUGAUAUAAGAGAUUAAAAGGAAUAUAGCGUCAGUUUUUCACAACUCGACCUAAAAGCCUUUAUUAUUGAUUUUACUUAAUUUAUUAGACAAUAUCAAAUAGUUUAAAUUUGUUUCA